UGUAUAAAAACUCGAUGAGCAGCAAAGCAACCGACACUUCGCACACUCGAAUCCAGUCUUCAAGCCACUUAGGUCUUUUUACUCGCUUACUCAAUCAGUAUCAUCAGCACUUGAGUAAGCUGUUGAUUCGAUAGUUCUUCUCCUGUUUAAAAAGCGGGUUUGAGUGUUACCGGAAACCUUUUCACCAGUCGGCGCUUGAUAAAAAAAGAAGAAAAUCAAUUUCUCAUUCUUCGUCGAUUAACAUCUUCAUAAAAAGUGAAGCAGCAGUAUCGAUCGCCUCAUUAACGAUUAUUUCUGAAGAAAAUCUUGAUUCGUAACCCACACGUAUCUAUCGUAGAGAUGGCUUUGCUUGCUAUACCGUUUCUAUUCUGGUUGGCCAGUUCGAUUGUCAAUCUCCAAGCCAAAGUUGUCCACAUGAAUUCUUUCAACCUGAUAGUAGAUCUAGAUCGAAAUCACUGGGCUGAUGUAGCAUUCGAUUUCAUUGCCAACAUGUCCUGUAGAGAUACUUUUUUGACAACAGAAGAAGAUUGCAACCGACUUGUUUCCAUCCGGAAAUCAGACAUGAACUUCUAUUCUGCGCCUGUUUCCGGCAACAAAUACAGAGCAGUCCUUCCAGAUGGUCCUCUCACACGAACGGAUGUCCACGAUGCUAUUCUUGUGAUCGAUCCUUAUCCAGAAGCGAAUCUUGGGCAUCUUCUCGUAGUUUUCUAUGUCGAUUUGGGUUGGACGGAAUUGCAGUGUAAGGUCAAUGGAGGGCAAUACACUGAUGAUGGAGCUUGUUUAUCCCUUGCUUUAAGAAAAAGAUGCCACAAUCUUCUGCUGAGGAAAUUGAAUAGCCAUCGUAAAAAGCAAUGCGAAAUCAAUUUCUUUCCUCUGGUGCACUUUGCUAAUGAAGAACCUUCGCAACGAUCCCAGAAAUUAGAGUGCAGGGAUUUUAUGACUGGUUUUGCACCUUGUCCCAAUCUCCGCCCACGAAACCACACGGACAAUUUAUUUUGCGAUGCAUUAGAAGAGAAUACUUUGAGAUGUAGCACUUCUUCAACUACUGUCGGAAUUCGUUGCCGACUCUUUGAGAGAUGUGACCAUGCUGUUCUCAUAUCUGGUGGAUGGGAUCGUUUGACCGACCGACCUUUAUACCUAGAAAAUAUGGUCCGUUUCCAUGACAUGUUGAUGAACAAUGGUUUCAUACACUCCAAUGUCAAAAUGUUUUUCUCAAAUGGAAACAAUGGUAUUGACAAAGCUUUGGGUAUAAAUGAUGAGGUGUUCCCUGCAGCUUUUAAAUUAACCAUGCGAUACCACAUCCGCAAAAUCUGCCAGACAAUGCACUGCGCCGACUCAUUUGUUAUAUAUCUGAACAGUCCAACAACAAAUGAAGGAUCUUCACUUCUUUGGGACAUUGACAGAAAUGGACAGGCUGAUGACAGCGAGAUAUAUACCAUACGAGAACUACUCCAAGAUACCCAAGAUUGCAUGGCACAGCAACUUUACAUAAUCGCCGACCAGAACUUCUCCGGCAAGCUCAUCCACGCUCUGGAACAUUCGAGCAGACACCAAAAUGUUAUGGCUUUCGCGAGUGGGCGGGAGCAUGAAUAUUCAUGGAAUGGAGAUUUCACCACUCAGUGGACGGCUUACAACAGCAAACAGGACUGCAUCGCCGAAACGCAUGAAGCCGUCAAAACGACAAUGAAUUCUUCUGAACCACUUUUAUUCGAUGGUUCUAAUGGUAUUCUCAACACCACAAUUUACGGUGCUCCUUGUAAUGUUUUACCUCCCUAUACUGAGCAUGAGCUCCAGAAGAGUUUUUAUGGUUGCCAAUAUCUUCCUACAUCAGUCUGGUUAAGGAGAGGUAAACAUUACUUCAAUGCAGCAGAAGAGGAAGAUUAUGAAGAAUGAAGAAAUUAAAGGUGGAUUUACACUCAGCCAGUUAUAAAAUUCCAAUAAAUCACGCAUGUUUUGAAAGAGCGGACAAUAGCAGAUUCUUAUUGUACAGUAGUUGCUCAUGCGUGGUCUUACUGGUUGGAUUAUACCUGGCCGAGUGUAAACUCUACUUAACCUGUUAAUUUUAAUGUAAAUAUGUAUAAUAUUCGUUGCCAAAUUGAAAGAAAGCAGAAAGAAAGAAAUUUAUUGAACUGUUUUUAAAUAAGUUUCAUUGUUUUGAGAAAAUUAAGGGAAAAGAAUUAAUUUGAAAUUUCUUUCUAAAGAUAUAUAAAAGAAAUCAAUGGUUUGAUGAGAGAUUUAAUACAGAUUUUUCAACUGUGAGAGAUAUUUUUACUUCAUAUUACAUUGUCUGUAGGAAGGAAUGUACCUUUUUUCUUACCAGGAAAAAAAAAAAAAAGAUUUUCGAAUCAACGAAAUUUUGAAAUGAAAGCAGAAAUUCUUCGAGGAUACUUCUAAAAAUUGAUUUCCUAAUUAGUGAAUAAAGAAGAAUUUCUUUAUCAGAAUUUUCAUAUUGUGUAUUUAGAAGAUAAAAACUUCAUUUCAGAAUUUGUGGUGAAAUUGCAAAUUUUGUGCUUUACGAAUUUUUUUUAAUAUAACAGCAAUCAUGAAAAAGUGAUUCAUUUAUUAAUUGUGAAAGAAUUUUAUUUCAUGUAAUAUUGACUUUAAUUUAA